CUUUCUCACUCCUGCUCCUCUGAGUGCUGCUGGGGGUACAAUGGGGGUAGGAUCUGGGGGUGACCAUCUCAGGGACCCUCCUCCACCUUCCCCCAUUGCCAGAGAGCUGGUGACUCAGGGGUUGUCCCCACAGACGACUGGAGCUAGGUGCUUCCAUCACUCUGAGUGCUUCAGUGACUGCUGCCCCAUCAGCUUGAAUCAUGGAGGUGCCUUCUGUGCCCCUAAGGCCAGAGUAGCCAUGAUGUGCUUGCCCCAGGAGGGGCGGGGCAGCCCCUUCCGGCAUGUAGGGUGGGGAAGGUUUAAAACCCUCACAUGGCUGCACCCGCUUUUUUCACCCUUUGCUUGUAGUGCCCUUCCCCGCUCCUCUGUCAAAUUCCUACUGGUCCUGCAGUACAAUUGUUGUCAGGAAGAGUACGUGGUCCUGGUCCUGACAAUGACAGUGCUCAAUGGAGCAUGGUUGUUAUUAGCUGGUGGAAAUACCAGGGGAACCAUCAACAUCAUAUGUCCUUGCCAGAGAGGCUUGAGUUGCACAUCCAAGGACUCAUUUUGUCAGACCAGGGGAACCGAACUCAACAAUCAUAUGCCCUUGCCAGAGAGGCUUGAGUUGCACAUCCAAGGACUCAGGCUGUGCCUGCCGAUGCCAUUUGAUUUAGAGGAGGAUGCAAACUGGUCGCUGCCACCCCUUCCUCCCUGCCUUGGAACCAGAGGCCUCAGGGGGUGGGGUCCCCUCCUGCUCAAAAGACAUUAAAGUCACUUCCUGGCUCUGGACUUUGUCUGCACUUCCUGGGAGAAGGGACUUGGUAAAGAUUGUUCCAGUCUUUCAGCAGCUGAAAGGGGAGACUAGAGGCACGAUAGAGCUUCCCAUGGGGUUUGGUUCUGUCUGGAGGCUUAGUGGCCCAAGGGCAGACCUGCAGGAAGGGAGUAGGGUGUGUGUGUGUGUGUGUGUGGAUUGGGUCGUGAGAGGAGGCUGGUCCAGGAAGAGCCAAGUCUUAGGUCCCAGGGCUGUGUGGAGGGGCAGGGUUGAGGAAUGUGCCUGGAGAGAGUAUGUUGGGCUGCCCAUGAAUGGAUGUGUGUAGGAGGACUGAGAGCAGUUAUCUGAAUGCCUUUCAAGGGGAGUAAGGGGUGGAGGUCACUGAGAGGGUGUUUAUGAGAAUGUGUGUGAAGUAUAAAUGCAAAAAUG